AUGCUUCGGUACGCAGUUUUAACUUUGCCAGUUCUGGCAUUGGGAGGAAAUGCCACCCCGUUGGAAGCCGGGCACCCUAUUCUUGAAAGAACAGCUGCUACUAAGACUGUUUCUUUCAACGCUUCUGCGGGGACUACCUACCUCCCCAACAAUGACUACUCCAACGAGAGAUUAGGCUUUCUCUGGAACCAGGUUGGCCCAGUUGCAACCCACUCGGUUGUUACUGCUACCGUAGAACCUACACCAGAGCCCUCAUACGUUGGACCAGACUCGUUAUUCCACCCUCUUUUAGCAAGCAGCAAUCCCGAGAUAGCCAAUGCCAAACUUCCUGCGAACUUCGCAUGGGGUCUUAGUUCUUCUGCAUACCAGAUCGAAGGUGCUGCCAAAGAUGAGGGCCGUGGACCUUCCAUCUGGGAUUUGCUCUCACAUCGUGUCCCCGGACAGGUUGUUGACGAUACAAACGGCGAUAUCCUCGGCCAGCAUUAUUAUCUCUAUAAGCAAGAUUUUGCACGGCUACAGAAACUUGGUACCCCGUGGUUCUCGCCCAGUAUCUCAUGGCCCCGUAUUUUCCCUUUUGGCUCUGGGCCAAUCAACGAGGCGGGAUUGAAACAUUAUGAUGAUGUUAUUGCAGAGUUGGUCAAGCUCGGAAUCAAGCCUGCCCUCUCUUUGUUCCAUUGGGAUACCCCGUUGGCGUUGUUCAACGAGUAUGGUGGUUGGACCAACCCAAAGAUUAUCGACGAUUAUGUGAACUACGCAAAGUUCAUCAUUUCUCGUUACGAUGAGCAUGUUCCGGUCUGGUUCACUAUAAAUGAACCCCAAUAUUGUAACUGGCAAUACUCAUACUACCCUGCUGGAGAGUACUAUCCCUCGUACGGUAUUGGCCCUGGAGCAAAGGCUCGUUGGCUAUGCGGCCACCACACGUUACUUGCCCACGCAAAGGUCGCUAAAUGGUACAAGGAAGAAUUUAAGGGCAAGGGCCGCAUCACCUUCAAGAACUCCGGAAACUACUUUGAAGCAAACUCAACCAGCACUGAAGAUGCUGCUGCCGUCUCUCGUGCCUAUGACUUUGUUCUCGGUUGGUUUGGUGGUCCAUGGACAGACGGAGACUACCCCCAGUCCCUCAAAGACACUCUAGGGGACCUUCUUCCCACGUUCACUGAAAAAGAGAAGAAGCUCAUCAAGGGCUCUUGCGACUUCUACGCUAUUGACGCCUACACUGGAUACUACGUCGGUGCUAUUAAUGAUGUUCAGGCAUGUGCUACCAAUAGCUCUGCAGGCGGUUGGCCUGAGUGUGUAUCGCAGUCAUCCGUCACCCCAGACGGGUUCGGCGUAGGUCCCUCUGGAGAUCUUGGUGUAACAUGGCUUAAAAGCACGCCCGGAGGUAUCAGGAGUUUCUUGAAGACUAUUACAAAAGACCUGUUCCCAGCGGUUCCAGAUAUCAUGGUCACUGAGUUUGGCUUUGCAGAGCCGUUUGAGAGCGAGUAUACCAACAUUCAGGAUGCCACAUGGGACCUAAGACGGGCGGAUUAUAUCCAGGGAUAUCUUGAUAACAUUCUCCUUGCCGCUACUGAGGAUAAGGUUAACGUUACCGGUGCCUUUAUCUGGUCGAUCUUCGAUAAUUUUGAGUGGGGCUCUGGAGCUGCGGUCCGCUUCGGUGUUCAGUACCUCAACUAUACUUCUCUUGAGCGAACUCCCAAGGCGUCUUUGUUCCAAACUCUUAACUGGUUCAAGACCCAUGGUGGCGAGUUUGUUGGCAGUGAUGUUAAUGCGACUCUGGGUAGGUAA